GCAGUGUUUUGUUUAGAGACGAAUGUUGUUGUUUAUUGUAGUUUUUGUGGUUAUGAGUAGUUCUCCCUUUUACUUUUCAGACCAUUAUUAUUAAAUUUUGCGACUUGACUUGCAUUAUUCAACUUAGCGAGCGCUAAAAUGGACAUAGGGGAGUUGCUGUCAUACAAGCCUGCACCUACUCCCAAAAGAUCAAAUGAUGCAGACAGAGAUGAUGAUGACGAAGAAGCUGAGUAUGAAAGAUAUCGAAAGCAACGAAGAACACAUUCUAGUAGUAGUAGCUCAAGAGACAGAGAGCGUGAGCAGAAGGCUAAGCUAGAAAAAAUGAAACUCGAAAUCGAACAAAUGUCUGCGGCAGCUAAGAAAGCAGAGGAAGAAAAGGUUCAACAAAUAGUUAAUAGUGUUGAAAAUGCGGAGAGCGAAAUUUUGGAUGAAACUGCAAUGAAACGGAUGAUUCUACAGUUUGAAAAGAAAACUUUGAAAAAUCAAGAAAUGAGAAUUAAGUUUCCUGAGAUGCCAGAGAAAUUUAUGGAGUCAGAAGUUGAACUGAAUGAUUGUAUUGUUGAGUUGCAUGCUUUGGCAACAGUCCCAGAUCUAUAUCCUCUGAUGGUAGAACUCAAUGCCGUCCCAUCAUUAUUGGAGUUACUUUCUCAUGAAAAUACAGAUAUAGCUGUUGCUGUGGUAGAUCUACUUCAGGAAUUGACCGAUGUUGAUAUUCUACAUGAAAGUAAAGAUGGAGCAGAUGCUUUGAUGGAAGCUCUCCUAUCACAACAAGUUUGCCCUUUGCUAGUUCAAAAUUUGGAACGUCUUGAUGAUUCAGUGAAGGAGGAAAGCGAUGGUAUUCACAACACACUUGCUGUUUUUGAGAACAUCACAGAACUGCGCCCUGAGGUGUGUGUUGAUAUGGCAAAGCAAGGUUUACUACAGUGGUUGAUGCGGCGUUUGAGAGUAAAGGCACCAUUUGAUAAUAACAAGCUGUAUGCUAGUGAAAUUUUAUCCAUACUUCUUCAAAACACACCUGAGAAUCGUCAAAUGCUUGGUGAUAUGGAUGGAAUUGAUGUAAUUUUACAACAACUUGCUUUUUACAAGCGCCAUGACCCUUCAUCCAGUGAAGAGCAUGAGAUGAUGGAAAAUCUUUUUAAUUGUCUGUGCUCUGCCCUGAUGUAUGCCCCAAAUCGUGAUCGGUUUCUCCGUGGAGAAGGACUCCAGCUAAUGAACUUAAUGCUCAGGGAGAAGAAGUUGUCCCGUAAUGGUUCUUUAAAGGUUUUGGAUCAUGCUAUGUCUGGUCCUGAUGGGAAAGAAAACUGCAACAAAUUUGUGGAUAUUCUUGGUUUAAGAACUAUUUUCCCACUGUUCAUGAAAACUCCUAAAAAAAACAGAAAACGUAUUUUAACCACAGAGGAGCACGAGGAACAUGUUGUGUCUAUCAUAGCCACAAUGCUUAGAAAUUGCAAGGGACCUCAAAGGCAAAGGCUUCUUAAUAAAUUCACAGAGAAUGAUCAUGAAAAAGUUGAUCGUCUUAUGGAACUUCAUUUUAAAUAUUUAGAAAAAGUGGAACAAGUUGAUCAGCAAAUUGAAGAUGAACGCAGAGACCUUGGUGAAGGUGAAGAUUCAGAUGAAGAAGAAGGAAAUUACCUUCAAAGAUUAGAUGGUGGACUGUUUACUUUGCAAUUGGUGGAUUACAUCAUAUUAGAAGCAUGCACUGGAGGUGCAGCCUCUGUUAAACAAAGAGUUCUACAAAUUCUGAAUCUUCGUGGAAAAUCAGUGAAAACCAUUCGACAUGUGAUGAGAGAAUAUGCUGGAAACUUAGGUGAUGCUGGUGACAAAGAGUGGCGUGAUAUGGAACAGCAACACAUUCUCCAAUUAGUGGACAAAUUUUAGAGUUUGAGUCCUUUUUAAAUUAGAUCACUGAACCAGGAUUCAUUCUGUAUAUAACUGCAUUAAAAAUGUUUUUUUUUUC